UGAUUUGCAUGCAUCUCCUUAUUUUCAAAAGUGACAUAGUAUUCUCAGUCGAUGGUUCUUACAAAUGGCAUUUAAGGGUAUGUACAAUGAAAGGGUCAAUUUUAAGACUUCUCUAACUCUCUGCUUAACAUCUCUGUUAAUGGCCUUCCUGGUGUUAGAGAUUUGUUUAAUGAUCAAUAGUGGUUUUUAUUUCUGGCCACUGAGUCUUUCAGAAAGUGGCAUACCAAGUAAAUGUUUAACUGGAUUCUUUGGGUCUGGAAUGGCCAAGUAGGGGUUGAAGGGAAGUAUCCAUGGAAACAAGCCUUCCAGGAAGUGGCCAGAGGGAUUAGUGCAUGGUGAAAUACAGCUAGAAAGAUGCCAUGAAGGAAAUGACUGCUUUGUAAAGCUGGAGAAACUUAGAGAAAAGCUUCUGAAAUACCUUGAUUAAAACAAGCUACAUUAAAGGCUCCAAAACCAUUUCCAUCAUGGUUUUCUUUUGAAUGUCUUUAAGGUGAAAUGGGCCUGGGCCACUCUAAGGCUCACCCUAGGGUGACCAAAGUAGCACCUCUACAAAACAAAGGGGAAGAGACUCCCUCAGCCUGCCCUGUGGACUUUGCAUUCAGUCAGAAUCUGGAAGAAAAGAGUCUGUAUUCCUUCUCAACACUGCAGGACCGAACUAAAGCUUUGGAAGGGCAGCUGCCGCCUCUACGAGAGACUUGGUAUGGAAGAUAUUCUGCAGUGCCCAGGGCCAUGUAUUUUGACAUCCCACUGGAAAAGAGAGAAACAAGUAUUAUUAAAAGGCAUCCACCCCGAAGACUUCAAAAGCUUGAACCCAUUGACCUGCCACAAGUAAUUACUUCUGAAAGGCUCCUGAGCCAGCAAGAAGCUAGGACAACACACAAAGCAAAGGAACUGGAAAAGAAGAUGCAAACACCAACAUGUAUUUCUGGGAAAAGACAAUAUUUACAUAAGAUGCAAAUGCUGGAAAUGAACCGUAAAAGACAAGAGGCUCAAAUGGAAUUGAAGAAAAAUCUUCACAGGGAGGCAAGAAUAAAUAAGCAAAAACUAAGGGAGCAUAAAGCCAAGAAAAUUCUUCAAAGCCCAAGGGAUGAGGACCAUGAUCUUCUGACCUGGUUACCUGAUGAAACAGAGAACAGAAGUCCAGGAAAUUCAUGGAAUGCAGAAUUAUUAGGCCAUCAAGCAGGGAAUGACUAUUGUCCCCGAAAAAUUGGCAAAAUUGAAACAUGGCUCCGUGAACAAGAGACUCAGGGACAGCUUUUCUGGGAUGGUUCUAGCUCUGACUCAGAUGAGUCGGGCAAAAAUGAGAAGAAACCACGAGCACUGGUGAGGACCAGGACAGAGAGAAUCCCACUUUUUGAUGAGUUUUUUGAUCAGGAAUAAGAAUGUUAUUCAUUAAUCUCAUACUGAGCGCAUCGAAGCUUUUCUUUCCUGUAAAAAUUCUCCAAGUUGGUAUAUGAAUUAUUCUGAGGAAACCAACUCACUUUCUUUAGUAAAAGGAAAUGAUAUUAUUUGGAUUCUCAUGGUUUACAUGUUUGUCAUAUGUUCUGUUACCUAUUGCUGCAUAAAUUCUUCAAAAUUUAGAGGCUUAAAC